CGGCAGGACAUAAGAACUGAUGUAGUACCUUGGUCUGACUUUUCGUUCUUUGUAGCACGCGACAUUGCACGUUUAAGGAUUUUAGCGUAGUUUCACAGCCCUUCAUAGUUAUCUGUACGACUCGCCGCGACAAGCCAUAGCUCGUAUUCAUCUCACGUAGCUGAAGCACUUACAACGACAGCCAACACAUCAAGUACAAUUUCACGCAGCACAAAAUGUCCGCCAUCCCAGCAGAUGCGAAGCGGCCGCCGCUGAAGCACGAGAUCGGCGAGAUCAACGAGAGGAAUCUGGGCGUGCUGAAGGUGCUGUUGCAGAAAACCUUUCCGAUCACCUACGGCGAGGGUUUCUACCAGGACGUGCUCACACACGACAAAUUCUGCCGCUAUGCCUUUGUCGCAGAUGUCGUGGUUGGGAGUAUCUGUGCGCGCGUACAGGACGAGGAGAAGUGCAACAAGGAAAACUGCCCGGAGCAGGCGAGCGACGACACACAGAAACCGGUUCUGAACGGGAAAUCGAAGGAGGAUAUCCUGUAUUUGAUGACUUUGUCUCUUCUCCCGGCGUACCGCAAGCGGGGCAUUGCGAGCGCGUUGCUCGAGUUUCUGAUCGAAGCUGCGAAGAAGGACGAAAACCUCCGCCAGAUUGCGUUGCACGUGCAAACCUCCAAUGACGUCGCACUGAAAUUUUACCAAAAGCACGGAUUCGAGAUCCAAAAAACGGUCCCGAACUACUACCAGAAAAUCGAGCCGACGUCCGCCCAUUUCUUGACCUUGAACUUGAAGCCCUCUUGCGGUUGCUGUUAGGAAUAUCAAUGUCUUAUCAGGAUGCCAGAUGAACACGAACAGAGACUCAUGUUCAGGAUCCUGGAGGAAAGGCUUAGUACACCCUCUGACAUUCGCAAUUUCGAAAAGCGACGACUCUACGUGCAUAAGCAUAUACGACAAUUAGAGAAUAUGUUGCCACCAGGACGCAAGAACAGUAUUCAAUGAGUCACAACGCAGAAAACUCAACGCGAGAAUAAAGGAAGUUUGUCGACUUAACCCAAGGCAUCUGUGCAAGCUUGAAAUAGGACA